AUGGAGCAGUGCAAGAGUCCCUGGCUGUUUGAGGCGUCAGAAGCAUUGCGGAAAGAUUCUGCGGGGGGGGAAAGCGAGCAGCAGCCGGUCACCCCCAAGAUACAGCCUGUCGCCAAUUCCUUGAGGGCUGAUGUUGAAAAGCAACUUAAGAGAUCAUUUGAUGUAUAUGUGGUCGUAGCCUACAGAACGCAAGUUGUAACUGGUACCGUUUACUAUUUAAAAAUCCACUGUGGCAAAGAUGAAUUCCAUGUAAAUGUGUAUGAAAAGCUUCCUCAUGCAGGAAGUGUCAGAUCUGUGACCUCUGCCACGGAUGACCACACAGCUACCACUCUCUGAGUAAAGAAAUUCCCCCUCAUGUUACCCCUAAAUUUCUGUCCCUUAAUUCUCAAGUCAUGUCCUCUUGUUUGAAUCUUCCCUACUCUCAAUGAGAAAAGCUUGUCCACACAACUCUGUCUGUCCCUAUCAUCAUUUUAAAGACCUCUAUCAAGUCCCCUCUUAACCUUCUGCGCUCCAAAGAAUAAAGCCCUAACUUGUUCAAACUUUCUCUGUAACUUAGUUGCUAAAACCCAGGCAACAUUCUAGUAAAUCUCCUCUGUACUCUCUCUAUUUUGUUGACAUCCUUCCUAUAAUUGGGCGACCAAAAUUGUACACCAUACUCCAGAAUUGGUCUCACCAAUGCCUUGUACAAUUUUAACAUUACAUCCCAACUUCUAUACUCAAUGCUCUGAUUUAUAAAGGCUAGCAUACCAAAAGCUUUCUUUACCACCCUAUCUACAUGAGAUUCCACCUUCAGGGAACUAUGCACAGUUAUUCCUAGAUCCCUCUGUUCAACUGCAUUCCUCAAUUCGCUACCAUUUAACAUGUACGUCCUAUUUUGAGUUGGCCUGUCAAGAUGUAGCACCUCACACUUAUCAGCAUUAAACUCCAUCUGCCAUCUUUCAGCCAAUUUUUCCAAAUGGCCUAAAUCUCUCUGUAGACUUUGGAAAUCUACUUCAUUAUCCACAACACCACCUAUCUUAGUAUCAUCUGCAUACUUACUAAUCCAAUUUACCACACCUUCAUCCAGAUCAUUGAUGUACAUGACAAACAACAGUGGACCCAACACAGAUCCCUGAGGUACCCCACUAGUCACCUGCCUCAAACCUGACAAACAGCCAUCCACCAUUACUCUCUGGCAUAUCCCAUUCAGCCACUGUUGAAUCCAUCUUGCUACUCCUGCAUUAAUACCCAACAAUUGAACCUUUUUAACCAACCUUCCAUUAGGAACCUUGUCAAAGACCUUACUAAAGUCCAUAUAGACAACAUCCACUGCUUUACCCUCAUCAAUUUCCCUAGUAACCUCUUCAGAAAAUUCAAGAAGAUUAGUCAAACAUGACCUUCCAGGCACAAAUCCAUGUUGACUGUUCCUAAUCAGACCCUAUUUAUCCAGAUGCUUAUAUAUAUUAUCUCUAAGUAUAUUUUCCCACCACUGAAGUCAAACUAACAGGUCUAUAAUUGCUAGGAUUACUCUUAGAAUCCUUUUUAAACAAUGGAACAACAUGUGCAGUACACCAAUCCUCGGGCACUAUUCCCGUUUCUAAUGACAUUUGAAAUAUUUCUGUCAUAGCCCCUGCUAUUUCUACACUAACUUCUCUCAAUGUCCUAGGGAAUAUCCUGUCAGGACCUGGAGACUUAGCCACUUUGAUAUUUUUCAGAAGUGUCAGUACUUACUUUUUCUUUGAAUCUCAUAGUAUCGAUAGCUACUCUACUUGUUUCCCUUACCUUCUCCUUGGUGAAUACAGAAGAAAAUAAAUUGUUCAAUAUCUCCCCCAUCUCUUUUCUCUGCAGAUAGCUGUCCACUCUGUCUCUCUAAUGGACCAAUUUUAUCCCUCGUUAUCCUUUUGCUAUUCAUAUGGCUGUAGAAAGCCUUUGGAUUUACUUUCACCUCUUGCCAAAGCAACCUCAUAUCUUGUUUUAGCUUUUCUAAUUUCUUUCUUAGGAUUCUUUUUACAUUCUUUUUACUCCUCAAGCACCACCAUGCUGCCUAUAAUUAUUGUAGAUCUCUCUCUUUUUCCGAACCAAGUGUCCAAUUUCCCUUGAAAACCAUGGCUCUUUCCAAUUUUUACUAUUUCCUUUCAACCGAACAGGGACAUAAAGAUUCAGUACUUACAGUUUAAAACGUGUUGCAGGGAAACCAGGAAUCCCUGCAAAAUGUUGGGCAAAACAUUUUGUCAAUAUGUUGGGAACCUUCCAACUAAGGAGGUAAGAGCAAUAAAUAAUAACAAAUGGGUGAACAAUGUUCAGAUAUG